AUGGCGCCGUUCACGUCGCUCUCGUCGCUCUCAUCGCACGAGCGGACGCGAGUGGAAGACUACCUGAAUGACAAAAUUCAGGUCUGUGCAGACCUGGAAAGUCUGGACUCCCUGCUGUCCAGUGUUCGUUCCCAGCAAGAUCUCCAGCGCAAGCAGCUAGCAGAAGCACAAGAUGCACUAUCAAACGCCACGAAGGCAUCUGACGACCAUGCGGAAGCUACGCGCAGACGUGCCGAGGCUUUCAUGAUGGAGCAAGCGGAUAUCGAUCAACGACUAAAGACUAUCACACAGUCAGAAACUAGCGAUGAAGCCGUUCGUCGAUUAGAAAAUAGUAUGGAGAGGUUGCAACGGUUGGAGAUAUCCAAGGGCUACGUGGCACUGCUAAAGGAAGCGGAGGAACUGAGCAAGGAAGCCAUUACGAAGAUUCAAUUGAGCCCUCGCGAUGCAUUAGUACCUUACUCCCGCCUUCGCAAUAUCGCACUGUUGCUCAAAGAAGCUCAGCCCGCCGCUGAAGGUGCCGCUCCUCACCUCGUCGACUACACCGAGAAACUCGCGUUUGCAUUAAGGGAGGAACUGAGGAAAAUCUUUGGUGGUAAUCUUGAGCAGACAUUGGAAUCGUUGAAAUGGCCGACGAGACAGUUGAACAUCACGGACAGUUUGCUGGCACAGUGGAAACAGGAUGUGGAGCUUUUGAUUGAGCUACAAAUACCAGAACUUCCGAUACACGACGCCUUGACUGGUAGCCAAGUGCCCGAGCCACCGGUCCUAUUUCCAUUAGAGGUCAUGGUGCAUCCUUUGGAUCUUCGGUUCAAAUAUCACUUCAGCGGGGAUAAGCCAACCAAUAAACUUGACAAGCCUGAAUAUUUCUUAUCGCAUAUCAUGGAUCUUAUUAAUCAAUUUGGAGGCUUCUUCACCUCGUAUCUUCAGCCUAUUCUCGAUGAGAAGGCGCAGUCUGCGGGGCCGAGCCUCGAAUGGAAUUUUUGCAACUCGCUUCAUGCUUUCAUUAAUGCACUGCUGCCCAUGCUGCGGCAGAAGAUCGAUUCUUUCCUCCCGCAAAUUUCUAACCAUCCUCAACUCCUCAGCCAUUUUAUUCACGAGCUUAUGAAAUUCGAUAAUGAAAUUCGUGAAACAUGGAAUUACCUCCCAGAUCCUUUCUCUGCUGAAAACUGGAAGGGCAUGGCAUGGGAGGUUCUUACCAAGCAAGGAUGGUAUAACCGAUGGCUCCAAGUCGAAAAAGACUUUGCCUUGGCCCGAUACAAAGACAUCAUAGACACGGCAGACAGUGGUCAUAUUGAUUAUGAUGGCGUCGAGCUGACGGCCAGCAAGCCCACUAAAGCGGCCAUUCGCGUGAACGACCUCCUGGAGACAAUCACCGAACGCUAUCAACCACUCUCCUCCUUCAGUCAAAGGCUCCGUUUCCUCAUCGACAUUCAAAUUACCAUUUUUGAUCAAUUUCACGAACGCCUACAGUCUGCCCUGGAAGCAUACCUUGCAAUGACCUCUACCUGGGGCGCCAGUGUGGAAGGUGUUGCUGGCUUGGAGCGACUAUGUAGGGUUUUUGGAAGCGCAGAGUACCUUGAGAAAAAGAUGGAAGAUUGGAGUAACGACAUCUUCUUUGUGGAGCUAUGGGCUGAGCUCCAAGACCGACUGAAACGUGGCAGUCAAAAUCUUGCUGGCAACAUGUCUAUAGCCGAGCUUGCAUCACGUACUUCUCCAGCGGUCAACAACCACGGUGGGAUUGACGGGGCACUCUUUGAUGAAACGGCGUCAGCGUAUCGCCGCCUCCGAUUGCGCUCUGAAUCUAUCGUUACCUCCACUCUUACUUCAAACAUCACUUCCGCCCUAAAGCCUUACUCGCGCCUGUCGACCUGGGCGACCCUUUCUAAUCCUUCAAACUCAUCAUCAUCAUCACACUCCCUAUCCUCAGAGCUGGCGCAUCCGCUUCGUUUAAUUUCUUCCCAGCUUGGCUUCCUGUCCAAGGCCUUGGGCAUAGCCCCGCUACGGCGCGUGUCUCGCCAGCUUCUGGUGUCUGUACAGAACUACAUAUGGGAUAAUGUUCUAACCAGACAUACAUUUUCAGCUGCUGGGGCAGCCCAAUUACUCGGAGAUAUUGAGCAAUUAUGCACUGUUGUUGACACGAAUCUCGGGGUCGCAGGUCACGCCGGGGGCUCCAUUCAUAUUGUGAAGAAGCUUAACGAGGGGCUUUGUCUUCUGAACCUGGGACUUACGACAACCGAGCAUACUGACGAAGUUACGAAUGAAUCAAGGGUCUCGCUGGGACUAUGGGACGUGGAGAAGAGGCUUUUCAAGGAUAACGACAGCGCCCGCGCUGUCCUCGCAGAGCUAGGGAUUGAGACCCUAUCUGGAGCCGAGGCACGGUCUGUAUUAGAGCGCAGAGUAGAGAUUGGCAGCUAG